CCCACCCUGUUCAUGCAGCGGCCGAUUCGGUACCAAAUAAGGACAUGAGUUUGAGCUCCUGAAGUGACGUCAGUGAAUGGAUGGAGAAAGAAGGAGUCUUUAGCUCAGAGGCGAGAGCAGAGGUGCAGAGAAAGAGGUGUUAUUAGAGACUGUGCUCAAAUUGAGAAUUAACGGUAGUGUGGAGUGGACCGUAAUCUCGUUACAUAACCCGUCACUGAACGCGCCGUCCGUCGGUUCAUUGGCGUUAAUCCGUUAUUUCACUCCGCGAAAACACUUGUGGCAUUCGUCAGAGCGAGAGAACUUCGACACGUUUAGUAGUGUGGAGGUCGCUGACGCGGUUUCCAUCACAACGCCGGAGAGAGAGAGGAACAGGGGAGCCAAAGCGACCGAGAACCAGACUCACCCAUUUCCAAGCCGAAACUGACGAGUAUUUCCAAGGGUUUCCACGCGCCUCUUCAGACAUGGAGGCGGCGAGUUUGGCACAGGGGGUCGCGAGCCCGCUGAGCCCGCGCGAGGGCAUGAUCAAGAACGUGAGCCUGGAGUCGCUCCAGCUGUGUGAGAGGGACGGUAAAGCUGAAGACACUGGAGUGGUAGAAAUGGAGUUACCGGUGGCUCGCAACAUCAAAAUCAGUAACAUCACCUGCGACUCCUUUAAAAUCUGCUGGGAUGUGGAUCCACACAGCACAGAGAAGAUCACACAUUACUUCAUUGACCUGAACAAGAAGGAGAACAAGAACUCCAACAAGUUCAAACACAAGGAUGUGCCUACAAAGCUUGUUGCUAAGGCGGUUCCGUUGCCCAUGACAGUGAGAGGCCAUUGGUUCCUGAGUCCACGGACCGAAUACACAGUUGCCGUGCAAACAGCGUCCAAACAGACAGACGGAGACUAUGCUGUAUCAGAAUGGAGUGACAUUGUUGAGUUUUGUACAGCAGAUUAUUCCCCUGUGCAUUUGACUCAGCUGUUGCAGAAGGCUGAAGUCAUUGCUGGCAGGAUGCUCAAGUUCUCCGUCUUUUACAGGAAUCAGCACGAGGAAUACUUCCAACACUGCAGAGAUGUUCUUGGUGGCAGAAUGAUGCCCUCAGUGAAGGAUAAUAGCGGCAGUCACGGGUCACCAAUCAGUGGUAAACUAGAGGGCAUCUUCUUCAGCUGUAACACAGAGUUCAACACCGGUCAGCCACCGCAGGACUCUCCAUACGGCCGCUUCCGCUUCCAGGUGCCCGCUGAGGUUCUCUUCACCCCAGACACACGCCUUUACUUUGGGGACUUCUACUGCAUGUACACCGCCUAUCAUUACGUCAUCCUGGUCCUGGCGCCGCGGGGCUCCAAAGGAGACCUUUACUGCAGCGAGCGCCUUCCAGAGCUGGACGUGACCAACAACCGCUUUCUGAUGCGACUGUGCGGAGAGGACGGGCACGUGGUCUUUCAGCAUGCGCAGGAUGUGAUUCUGGAGCUGAUUUACACAGAGCCGCUGCCGCUAGCUCUGGGAACGGUCUCUCAGAUUAGCGGACACCAGCUCAUGAGCUUGUCCACCAUCAAUGCUAAGAAAGACCCCAGCUGCAAGACCUGCAACAUCAGCGUCGGCCGCUAGUUUGAGAGCAAACUCACAAAUACAGAACCAUUUGUGAAUAUAACAUCAAACCGUACUCAAGACGUCAUCAACAACUAAACAAACAAGCUUAGAAUGGCACAUAAUCACGAUGAUUACCAUGACAAACAGCCCCCUCUGGAUAUCACCACAUGGCACUCAAUUCCCUUGCUAAUGCUAGAUUUUUUUUAAGGUUGACUAAAUCGAGCAUUUGACAAAAAAAGUUAAUAAAUGAUCAUUUAAAAAAGUUAAUAUGAAAGAGACAAAAUCUAUGAAAGCCUGUUUCUGCUGAAUUAUUUAUUUAUUUAAAAAAAUGUAAUUGCACUUUUGUUCUUUUUUCCUCAUGAUUUUAAGUGAGUUAUGAGUUUUUCUCACAAUUCAGACAGCUAAUAAUUGCAAGAUAUGAAGACUGAAUUUGCGAAACAAGCAAUAAUUGUGAAAUAUAAAAUUGAAUUUGGGGAAAAAAGUAAAUUCAGUUUUACAUUUUUGCAAUUUUACAUUUAUCUCACAGUUCAAAGUUCAUAUUUCUUGCAAAAAUCUAAGUUUAAAAACAUUUUCAUAAUUCAGAUCUUUAUUUCUCAAAAUUCACAUAUGCUGAGGAAAAAAAUGUUUACAUUUUUCUUUAUUCUAAUUGCAAGUUUAUAACAUAAGAUUGCAAUAAAAAUACUCGGUACAUUUUGUUGCAAUUCGGAAUGCAAAGAUAACAGCAAAAUUUUUUUUUAAAUAAUUAAAUUGUAGUUUUUAUGUUACAGAAACAAACUUUCAUAUAAAACUGUAUUUUCUGCAAUAUAAGUCACUUUUUAAAAUCAUAUUAACCUUGCUGUUGCUUCUGUUUCAAAGAGAUUGUAAUGUGUGGUGGUCCAGUUUUCCUGGGUCUGCGCACCCUUAAUAGUGGCUGGUUAUAUAAAUUAGCUUAGGGUUGACAUUUACAGUGAAUGCUUCUGUAAUUUUAGCUUGUUUAAAAUUACUUCUGUUCUGAGUACUCUUCAAUUGUAAGGAUUUGUUGUGGAGUGAAGGGACCUAAAUGCAUAUUUAUAUUGUUUGUAAAUGUUUUGUUGUAUUUGGGGUACUGAAAGUACUUAGUUUACAUAAUUUCAGAAAGAAAGUCUUUAACGUGACUCAUACACCAAUGCAACUUUCUUCAACUUAUGCAAUUUCAACAAUGUGACUUAUCUUGCAGAAAAUACAGUAAGACAAAAAACACAGACUCAAAGCAAAAAAAAAGAAAGAAAAACUCAAGAGAAAAAAGAAAACUGAGCAAAACAAGUAAAAGCUAUAUUUCCAAAAAAAAAAAAAAAAAAGAAAGAAAAGUAAUCCCACUGUGACUCUUUUAUGUAUUUUUGGUGCUUGAUAUUCAGCCCUCAGCUCUGUUUCUCCACAAACCGUGACUUUUUUAAAAUCCACAACGAUUUACACAAGGAUUCUUUGUGCUACAUUUCUGCAACGAUCGCCUGUGUUUCUUCUCCUGCAUGAAGUCUGAUCCUUUAAGUGUCAAUAUGCCACCUCAGCCUUUAAACAUGAGAAUUUUCUUCAGUAACUCAUUCUCUCUUUAGCGUCUGGCACUUUAAAUGCCCACGUUUCACUACUGCAUGCAUACUGCCGAUCAUCACAUUAUCCAGAUGGAUGUGAUGAAGAACAUCUGCUUUACUAAUUUGAGGCCAAACAAUCCUUUAAGCACCUCCAUGCCACCUCAGCCUUUAAACUUUCUCUUUUACCCUCAGUCUUUUAAUUUUCUACUGGGAUCGCAGUUCUCCUUUAACCUUUCUUACUUGUUAUUUUGUGUUUCAGUGUUCUUUUUUUGUUUUUAGGGAUUGUGUGUGUGUUGCAGUAUUGAUGACUUUUGAUGAUUCCUGACAGACCGUCGGGCUGUAAGUAGAACUGAUUUAUCAUAAACAUAUCUAUGGCUGGACACUGUUACGUCCAGGUUUUUGAGAGGUUUGCACUGUCCUAUCAAAGGCCUGAAGGUCUAAUUUGUCUUGCGCUCUCUAGUUGUGAAAAAGUUCAAUUUUACAGAUGCAUGCCUACGAUUUUGUGCUGUUCUGUAUUUGAACUUGUUCUUUGUUCCUGAAGCUCCAAAGAGCAGACAUGAUGCACAGUUUUAUUGACUUUUUUUAAACUAACAGUAUGCUAAAACCUGUGGUCGACAUGUAGCUUUCUCUCAAAACAAACUAUUAGGAUGUUUUGCUUUCUUUUUUGUCCACUGUAAUCUGUUCUGUUCUUUAUGUACUCAUAUAAUAUCGUUCAAAAGUUUGUUGUUGGUAAUAGUUUUAUAAUAAUUAUUGUUUUUUGAUUAACAAUUUGUUGUUCUCUAUUUUAAAAUGUUUUUAACAAAUCCAGCAUGAUCCUUCAGAAAUCAUUAUAAUAGGUUGCUUAUAAAACAGUUAUUAAUAUUAUUAAAAUGGAAAAUGACAACAUUUUUGUGCAAGUCACUGCAUUUAGUUUCAAGAUCCUUUUCAGUACCAGUAUUAAUUUAAAGUAUAAUUUUUACCAUUAUAAAUAUUUUCACUAGGGAUGCUCCAACAUCGGUAUUGAUAAUCACAUUUAAUGACUCGAUCAAGAUCGGUAUUGGCCCAUAAUCACAAUUAAUGACUCAAACAAGUUAGGUAUUGACUGAUAAUCACAAUUAAUGACUUGAUCGAGAUUAGUAUCGGCUCAUAAUAACAAUUAAAGACUUGAUCGGGAACGAUAUCAGCUGAUAAUCACUAUUAAUGACUCAAUCAAGAUCGGUAUCGGCCUAUAAUCACAAUUAAUGACUUGAUUGAAAACGAUAUCGGCCGAUAAUCACAUUUAAUGACUGUUAAGAUCGGUAUCAGCCAAUAAUUACAUUUAAUGACUCAAUCGAGAUCAGUAUCGGCCGAUAAUCACAUUUAAUGACUUGAUUGAGAUCAGUAUCGGCCGAUAAUCACAUUUAAUGACUCGAUUGAGAUCGGUAUCGGCCAAUAGUUACAUUUACUGACUCAAUCGAGAUCGGUAUCGGACGAUAAUUGCAUUUAAUGACUCGAUCGGUACUCACCAAUUUGGUCAAUCUCAUGAAUCGAUCGCAGGUGUUUGUUUAUGAGUUUACAAGCAGAGGAAGAUGCACUUGCGCUCUCGUAUAUUAUACAUAGCCACAUGGGAAAGCUAGGUUUCUGCUGGAAGUGGUAUUAGUAAGGCCAGCAGGGGCGCCCAACCUGCAGUCCUGCAUGUUUUUGGGCCUUUUUACAUAUAAAAACUGAAGCUUUUCUUGAUUGAGACAUGUUAAAUAUUUCUUUCAUCAUUUAUAAUGUUACUAAAUUGCAUUGUUUGUAAUUUUCCUUCCCAAUAUUUGAAUCUGUGUAACAUUAUUGUCUGUAAAGCUGCUUCUGGCCAUGACAUGUUCACACCUAAAUGGUUUUAGGAGGCAUGGUUAAGGGAUUAUAAACUUUUAUUUAUUCUACUAGGUAAGGCGAGAUCAUCGAGUAUCAUGUGCUUAUUAUAAAUCUUGAAGCAUUAGAAUCGGUACUCGAUAUUGGCCGAUCAUCAUGACAAGGAAUCGGUACACUGUAUCGGCUGCAAAAAUUCUGAUCGGUGCGUCCCUAAAUUUCACAAUUAAUUUAAACCAAUGCAUCUUAUUUUAUUUAUUUUUUAAAAUCUUACCAAUUCCAAACUUUUGAACGGUUGAAGAAAAAGAUAAACUCCAGUGUUUUUUUAAGAUUACAUAUGGAUGUGUGUGAUUGUCUGCAUGUUUUGUUUGUAUGUGAGUGUGUGAAGUGUUUAGUGUAUGAUGUGUGAGUGUGUGUUUGCUUAGGUAAAGGUUUUGAAAUACUCUCAUCUUUACCAGAGGAAGUCUGUCUUGUCUCUGUGCACUUCAUUUGUGAGAAAUGGGAUACAAAAAAUGAAACAAAAUAGUUUAUUUAUGCCAUUCAUUCAUGACUUUUUUUAUUGCCUUACUCUUAUCUUACUGUGUAGAAAACCUCAGUUCUUCUUAUAUGGACUCAUGCACAGGUCAAGCGUCCCAAUCAAGUUCUGGCUGUGUGAAUGUGCCUCAGACUGACAGAUGUGUUCAGUAAAUAUCCUGUUUUUCUUGUUGCCAUGUUCAUAAAUACCAAAUGUGACUGUUCAUUAAAAUCAUUAAGAAUGAUA